GACUAGAGCGUCGGAGGUGGGAUGACAAGAGAUGAUGGUAUUAGGCUAGGAGGCAUGCAGAAGGUCAAGGAAACCUCAGAGGAGUUGUGCACAAAAUUAUCAAUCUCAAUAAAGGAGGAUGGGAUGGCCAAACAAGAUGAGAAUGAUGUGGCAGUUGAGAUGGAUGAGUACUCUUUGGUCGGUCACCUAUACGAGGAAAUUUGCAAAGAUAGUGGUGACAGGAAUGCUGAAACAUGUUCGAACGAUGUUGUGAAGUUUGGAGAUACGGGAGGUAGGCGAUAGGGUAUAUAUAUUUGUGUUUGAUUAGCUAUUUGAACAAGAUUCUAUGCUAAAGUUUAUAUCCUUAUUUUUUUUAUUUUGCCUUGAAUAAAUGGAAAGAAGGUUC